CUCUCGUCGCUGCUCUCCUCGCACUUUAACAAAACGAAAAAAAACAAUUGCUCGUUUAUCCGACACCUGCCUGAGUUACAGACCUUGAAGCCCUCCCUCGAAGCUUCCCAAAUCUUUUCAAACGGAGAUUCUAGUCGGUAGUGAUAGGUGAUUCUUUGUCAUCUUGCGCGCAUACCCCUUCAAUGUUUCUAUUACAAUCCUACUUGUCAGAAACUUUUUUAUAGUCAAUGUGAAAAAUGGCUUCAUGUUCGAAUCCCCAAUCAACCAAACUUGGGUAUCUCAGCAAUCAUAGUGCAUUACCUAGUAUCACAAAUUUGUCUGAAUGCAAUGAGAGUUCCACGAAACCUGAUGAGGAGGAAGAGGAGGAUGAGGAGGAGGAUAUAGAUUUCAAUCCAUUUCUUAAGGAAACCCCUUCACCAGAAGCUUCUUCAAGUCUAAGUUCUGAGAUAGAAGGUUUAGAUGCUGUUGACUGUGGCAAAAACAUUAUUGGUACUGUGGGUGUUGAUUCAUCAGAGCUGACCUGUGAAGUGCAAAAUUGUGCUGGAGAUCCUGAUCAUGGUGAGGAAGAAGUGGUGAUGCAAACUGUAGCUUCUUCUGAAGGUACAUUUGAAAAGGAAUUCCCAAAUAAUUCUACCAGAGAUCUUAAGAAAAGAGUGUCCACAUUGCUUUCUCCCACAGAAGGUGAAAUUGUUCAAGAAAAGGGUAACUUUUCAAGCAGUGGAAUUGGUGUUAAUGAUGUUAGGGCAGGAGAAUCAGGUGCUACCACUGAUUCCCAGGAACGUAUGAUUGUAUUAGAUAAUGAGGAUGCAAUCUGCAGACGUACCCGUGCUCGCUAUUCACUAGCAAGUUUUACACUUGAUGAACUUGAAACUUUUCUUCAGGAAACAGAUGAUGAAGAUGACCUUCAAAAUGUUGAUGAUGAAGAGGAGUACAGAAAAUUUCUUGCUGCUGUAUUGCUAGGUGGAGAUAGUGGAGGUCAGUCAACACAAGAAAAUGAAAUUGCUGAUGAUGACGAGGAUAAUGAUGCAGACUUUGAGAUUGAACUUGAAGAGGCACUUGAGAGUGAUGUCGAUGAAAGAAGGGACAAAACUGAAGAGGAUUAUGAGAUAAGUGGACGCAGGCCAGAGACUAGACAAAAUAGUCGCAAAAAAUCCUCUUCGCACUGUAAGAAGAAGUUUUUAGCACAGACAAGGAGACCAUUGCGUCCCCUUUUACCUGUUUUUCCAAAUGGACCAAUUUCAUCAUUCUCCACUCAGGAUGGGAAAACUUUUAUGCCAGAGACGGUGUCAAACUGUCUCUCUUCACGGGCACAAGAUGGUUAUAUAAAUGGAUUCACACCUCACCAAAUAGGCCAGUUGCAUUGUUUGAUCCAUGAGCAUGUACAAUUACUCAUUCAAGUAUUUUCUUUGUGUGCUUUUGAUUCUUCUCGGCUUCACAUUGCCUCCCAGGUUCAGAAAUUGAUUUUUGAGAUGCUACAUAAGCGCAAUGAAGUGCUAGCAUGGAAAUCUGUAUCAUAUCCCAGCAGUUGCUUUUGCACUCCAUAUAUUUUCUCAUCAGUUCCAAAUGAUGUCCCUAAAUUCUUCCCCACACAAUGCAUUUCAGAAUCGUCUCCUAGUUACACUGCAAAUGAAAUGUGCUCUACAAAUAAUCAGGCUUCCACUUCUGAAAAUGUUUCACCUUCAAAAGGAACAUGUGAUAGUACUUCUAAAUCUCAGGCGGGUUCUUUCAGAAAUGUUGAGGGCUCUUUCUGGAUGCCUUAUAUAAGUGGUCCAGUGCUAACCAUACUGGAUGCAGCUCCACUUAGUUUAGUUGGAAACUAUAUGAAUGAAGUAGAGAAUGCGGUCCAGGAAAGUCGAAGGCGUCAUGUGGAGUCUAGUUGUGAUACUCGCUUUGAGAGGGAGCCUUUAUUCCCCCUUCCUAGUUUCCCAUCAGUUUCUCAAUCUAAUUGUGAAGGUUCAAGCAGAACCGCUUCCUCAGCUAUCAAUACAGUUUCACCUCCUUCCAGUCAACAACCCCCCAAGAAGACAUUGGCUGCUACACUUGUUGAAAAUACCAAGAAACAGUCAGUUGCUUUAGUCCCUAGGGAAAUUUCAAAAUUGUCUCAGAGAUUUUUUCCUUUGUUUAAUCCAGCAUUAUUUCCACAUAAACCACCGCCUGCAGCGCAUGCAAAUAGGGUGCUCUUUACAGAUGCAGAAGAUGAAUUGCUGGCACUAGGCUUGAUGGAAUAUAAUACAGAUUGGAAAGCAAUUCAACAGCGUUUUCUUCCUUGCAAAUCUAAGCAUCAGAUUUUUGUUAGGCAGAAAAAUCGUUGCUCAUCUAAAGCGCCAGAAAAUCCAAUAAAGGCAGUUAGGAGGAUGAAAACUUCUCCUUUAACUACAGAAGAGUUAGCAUGCAUUCAGGAGGGACUUAGGGUUUUUAAAUAUAAUUGGAUGUCCGUAUGGCAAUUCGUUGUCCCACAUAGAGAUCCAUCCCUCUUGCCCCGACAGUGGCGGGUUGCCCUUGGUACUCAGAAGUCAUAUAAGCUUGAUGCAGCAAAAAGGGAGAAGCGGCGAUUAUACGAAUCAAAAAGAAGAAAGUGCAAAAUUGCUGAUUCAUCAAUUUGGCAAAAUAAAGAGGACUGCCAUGCUGAAAAUUCUGGUGGAGAGAAUAAUACUGCAGAUGAUUACAUAGAUAAUUCAGGCAAAACUUAUGUCCAUGAGGCCUUUUUAGCAGAUUGGAGACCAAAUACCAAUAAUGGACACCCUCAUGGUGCUAUGCUGUCACAAGAACAGCUAAAUAAUUACAGGCCUGGAGAAGUUCCUCAGUCCCAGAUUAGUAAUGUGCAGCAGUUUCCAUCUCUAUCUAAGAAUCCCCGGCAUCCUUCAUUUCAUUCCAUUGGUGUUAAAGAAUCAGGGCCUAGUACCACUUUAGUAAAUAAUUCAGUAUCUUCCAAGUCUUUAGGCACAUCGAAAUCCCAAUUUCACCUUCGGCCUUAUCGAGCUCGAAGAACUAAUGGUGCACACUUAGUUAAAUUAGCACCAGACUUGCCCCCUGUCAAUCUUCCACCAUCUGCCCGCAUACUCCCUCAAUCAGCCUUUAAAGGCUCACUCUCUGGUGCUGCUUCAGUGAUUUCUGCUCAUGGAAGUGGUAUUGGUGAUGCUGCAACUCCAAAUAUAGUUUCUCGAAUUCCUCAUGAUGGAAGUUCUGGAAUCACCCAUGCUGUAAAAUAUAGACAGGAAAAUAGUAAUCUAAUGAAAGAUAGUCUUACAAUUUUUCAUGCACAAGAAUCUAGAAUUGUCAAAGACAAAUGUACAGAGGAAGAAAGAAACAUUGAUUCUGAUCUGCAGAUGCAUCCAUUAUUGUUCCAGACCCCUGAAGAUGGACAACAGCCCUGUUACCCAUUGAACUACAACACCACCAAUUCCAGUUCUUUCAGUUUCUUUUCAGGAAAUCAACCACAAUUAAAUCUAAGUCUUUUACACAAUCCUCACCAAGAAAACCAUGUUGGUUCUUGUACUACAUCAUUGAAGUCAUCAACCUCACGGGGUAUUGAUUUCCAUCCUCUUCUGCAAAGAACCGAUUAUCUUAAUAGUGAUUCAGUAAGUGCAUGUUCAACUGCACAAUUAUCUGUUAGUUCAGGAGGCAAAUAUAAUCAAAUUCAUUCUUCUUUUGAUGCUGGUCAAAAUAAGUCGCUGAUUGAUGGCAAUCAACUUGCAAGGGGCUUACACCCUAGUUCUGAUGAGAGAGGGAAAGAACUGGACUUGGAGAUCCAGCUGAGUUCUACAUCUAGAAAGGGGAAAGCUAGGGGUAGAGAUGUCACACAUAACUCAGUCAAGUCAAUAAUAAAUGCUGCCGAUUCUGGAGGUGCGCCGGAAGCUCAAGAUAAUAGUAGUUUAUUAUAUCAGCAUGCUGAAAAUUCUCCAUCAAAUAGCCACAUGCUUGUUUCAGGUGGCCACACAUUGGUUGUACCAAGUAAUAAUAGUGGAAGAUAUGUGGACGAUAUGGCUGACCAGUCUCUUCCAGAGAUUGUGAUGGAACAGGAAGAGUUAAGUGAUUCUGAUGAAGAAAAUGAAGAAAAUGUCGAAUUUGAGUGUGAGGAGAUGGCUGAUUCUGAAGCAGAGGAGGGAUCAGGCUGUGAGCAAAUUGCUGAGGUGAAGGCUAAGAACGCCCCUAGAGCAGAUUGUGGUGAUAAACAAUGUGAAUCAAGAACUGAUGAUUUUAAUUCUCAAGGCACUGUUCACAUCCCUGGGAAGGAAAUUCCUUCCUUGGAGUUAGGUUUGACAAGUCAAGCAAAGGAUGCUGCUUGUAAAUCUUCAUGGUUGAGUUUACAUUCAUCUGUACCAGAUCACCCUUCGCACAUGUUGCGCAAACAUGAUGGUAGUCUAAUUGGUGAAGGUGAUGCUACCAAAAAUUUGGCUUCGUGUCGUCCCAGCAGAUCUUGCAAGAAGACCAAACCAAGCACAAAAGAAGUCACAACACAGAAACAAGCUUUGAACAUGGAACACCAACUCAGCUUGGGUCCUCUUGCAAUUCCUAUAAUGAGGAAACCCAGAAAACAUGCUUGCAGAAAUAAUACAAGCUCGACCAUAGAGUAGAAAAUUGCAGGUGUGAUUGUUUAAAUAAGUUAGUUAGUCCCUGCUCUGUCUAUAACUAGCUUUAGUUCAUUAGCAUAUUUUUUCUACUUGGAUGCCACCAAUCCUUUUGGCAAGUGGUUUCCAAGCUCUAAGUUAUGUACAGACAAUUUUGGUUUGUAUCAUAAUUCUCUUCCGGUUCUCGAUAA